AUGGAGCCAUUAGUGAUAAAAUUGUCAACCUCACCAACCUUGCCAAUCCUUGACCUUUCCUUUAAUCAAUUUGGCGGCAAGCUUCCUCCCAAUUGGGGGAAGCUCUCCAAGUUGAAGUUUGUGACCUUAGAUUUCAACAAUUUAGAAGGUGUGUUGCCCCCAUCUUUGAUCAAUUGCACAAACCUUGUAGAAUUGCGUUUGGGGAACAACCACUUGGAAGGAGAUAUCUCUGUGCUUGAUUUCUCAAAACUGAGUCAACUUACUAAACUUGACCUAAGGAUCAAUAACUUCACUGAGGGACAAAUACAAGCUGAGAUACUUUCAUUGAAAUCCUUAUCCUUCCUCUCGCUUGGUUACAACCGAUUCACCAACCUCACAGGGGCAAUGAAGAUAUUGAUGAGUUGCAAAAGACUUCACACACUCUUGCUUAGCGGUUCCUUUGUGGGUGAGGGAAUGCCAUCUGAUGAUGACAUGGUUGAUUUGAUGGAUUCCAAAAUCUUCGAGUCUUGGGUUUGGUUCAUUUCUAACCUCACUGGUAAAAUACCUUUUUGGUUAUCAAAGCUCAAGAAUUUAGAGAUCUUGGCUCUGGGUUUUAUCAAAUCACAGGGCCGAUUCCAUAUUGGUUGGGACUCUUACUAG